AUGUCCAUUCGAACACCAUUGAGGCUGUCCAUCAGCUGUCUACAACUUCGCUUUUUAUGCAUCAUUCUAGGCGCCGUGGGCGCCCAGUGCUUGUCUCCAUUCUCCACCCAGCAGGAUGGCCAACUGCAGGACCUGAGCCAUGACGUGCAUGGGGGAUAUGAUUACCCGCAGCCGAAGGUGACCUUUACGGAUGGUUAUGCCUAUCCACGCCCAUCGGUGCCCUUCCCACCGCAGCCCCAACCGCCAAGCAGAGGCUAUGAUUACCCCAAGCCGACAAUUUCCUUCCCGCCACCAACGAGCCCUCCACCACCACCACCACCACAGAAGAUACAGAGUGGCUAUUCGUAUCCACGCCCAUCGGUGCCGUUCCCGCCUCCAGAGCAACCGAAGUAUAUUCCGCCGCCGCAGCAGAUUAUUCCAGUGCAACCCAGCAAGGGCUACGAUUAUCCCAAGCCAUCAAUUCCAUUCCCAGUGAUACCGAAGAGUCCACCUCAACCACAAUAUUUGCCACCCGCGAAGCCAACAAAUCCACCUCAACCACAGUACUUGCCGCCGCCGAAACCGACCAGCCAACCACAGCCUAAAUACUUACCUCCCGCCAAGCCAAGUGGAGGAUAUGACUACCCGAAGCCGGCAAUUGCAUUCCCACCACCCGUUCAACCCACAAGCCCACCUCAGCCGAAAUACUUGCCGCCCGUGAAGCCGACCAACCCGCCUCAGCCCAAAUAUCUGCCCCCAGUGCAGCCCAGCAAGGGAUAUGAUUACCCUAAGCCAGCAAUUCCUUUCCCUCCACCUGUUAUAGUCAAGACUACACCACAACCUCAGUACUUGCGACCCGUCAAGCCAACAAGUCCGCCUCAACCUCAAUAUUUGCCACCUGUCAAGCCAAAAUCAGGCUAUGAUUAUCCAAAACCGGCCAUACCUUUCCCACCACCUGCUCCGGUAAGACCAACAAGUCCACCACAACCAAAAUACUUACCUCCCGUAAAGCCGACCAGCCCACCUCAGCCCAAAUAUCUGCCUCCGGUGCAGCCAAAAUCAGGCUAUGAUUACCCAAAGCCGUCAAUUCCAUUCCCACCACCAGUUAUUCCGAAGAGCCCACCUCAACCACAAUACCUGCCGCCCGCAAAGCCAACAAGUCCACCUCAACCACAGUACUUGCCUCCUGUUAAGCCUACAAGCCCCCCUCAACCACAAUAUUUGCCUCCUGUUAAGCCAAAAUCGGGAUAUGAUUAUCCAAAGCCAGCAAUUCCAUUCCCACCUCCGGCUCCAUUACCCACUAAUCCACCUCAGCCCAAAUACUUACCUCCCGUGAAACCCACCAGCCCACCGCAGCCCAAAUAUUUACCUCCAGUCAAGCUGAGUGGUGGAUAUGAUUAUCCAAAGCCCGCAAUUCCAUUCCCACCACCCGUCAUACCCAAGACCACACCUCCACCACAAUACUUACCACCCGUGGUGCCGACCAGGCCACCUCAGCCCAAGCAUCAGGGUUACGACUAUCCGAAGCCAGCAAUUCCAUUCCCAGCACCUACCCCGGCCCAAUAUCUGCCACCUCCGGCACCGAAGAGCGAGGGAUACUCCUAUCCAAAACCGGCGAUCGCCUUCAACUACUAGGUUCGUUGCCCGUCCCGCCCAGCACUAAUUAAUUGACGCGAUUGCCUCUCCCGUGCCCAUAGGAACUUGCGAUAUUGAAUAAUUGUAAUUAACUAUAAUAAUAUUAUUUAAUAUUUAAUAUUAAUGAUGUACCUGAGUCCGCGCCGGCGGGCUCUGCAAUCGAAUUUUAGUCAUUAAAAUAUGUUUAUGAAAUCUACAACUGUGCGAUUCUGCCGAAAUAAAACGAACGAU